GGCGCUUGCUUCAUGGCACCCUCGACGUCGUUUGUUCGAGACUUUGUCAAACCUCUUCCUUUUCGUUCUGCCGACCAAAUUGACCCAACCGCCGCAAUAGGACGGCUUCGACAGCUAAAGGGGGAUGUACAUCAUAGUAACCUAGGGUUAAGUCAAACGACACAGAGCGAAACGCGCGAAGAACUUACUCACCAAAUUCUUGCAUCGUUAUAUUCUCAAUAUCUCCAGAGCACUCUUUCGCAGGCACUAGAGGCAGAGACAGAAGCCCAAUGGUGGUCAGAUAUUGAGAGAACGAGAUGGAGAGUGUUUUGGUAUCUGAUACAAACACUUCCUACCCGAGUCUAUGACUUGCUGCAAGCCACGACCGACGCCACGGGGAGAAGCAAAUGGCUGGCCGCACGGCCAGAGUUUAUGGUCGCGUCUUUGUUUCCUCAUCUCCAACAACGCCCACGCCUGCAUCAACUGCGAAGUUUUCAAAAUCUAAGAAUACGCAGCCCAAAUACCAACAAUAUCCGACAAUUCAUACAAACAUCCAUCCAAUCCAUUCGGGACCUCCUUCAAACCCUCCGAAAAAUAUCCCUCGUUCCAUUAUACUACACUUUGCAGGAGGUGUCCCUCAAAAAGCACGAGUUGUUACGAAUUCGAGAUGACCGUGCGCAAGCCCUAGGGUCACUCGUGCUUCUCAGACCAGAGAUGCAGAAAUUCCUGGACUCCGGACUCGUGUCGUCCGACGGCGAAUCAGAACAAUUGAUUCAUCUCACUAGAAGUUUACUUCUGGCACUCAAUCCCGAAUCCAUCCAGGAUGAGUCCUACGCAUCUGACGAGCCAUUCUCCCAACUUUCUACCCUAGCAACUCGCUUUCAAACAACUUCGCUCCAAUUACGCACCCUCGGCCUCUCUCGACCUUCGCGUUUGACGCGUCUCUGGCCACGUCUAGUCUUUGGACCGCCUCUUCUAAUCUAUUCCGCAUAUUAUCUCUAUUCGACUCGCGGGACGUUGCUGCAGUUCGCAUAUGACGCGAAAGAUGUGGUCAAAGGAUUUGUUAUUGAUUGGUGCGUCAAACCCUUGGCUGGCGUACUUGAUACCGUCAAAGCAUCCAAAUCUGAUCAAGCUGGGUGGCUGGUUACGAAAGAGGGAGUGCAGGCGGAUUAUGAAUCUCUCGAACGUAUGGCUCGAUCGCUAGCCUCUGACCAUCUCCGAUAUACUUCUUCUCAAUUGGACGACCUUUCGGCGAGAAUCCGUCUAGGAGAUCUGACUCCGGUGUUAAAACUCUACGAAGAGGAUAUCAAGAGUCCAUUCAAGAGUGCGGUGGGCGGGACGUUGCUAAGGACCGUGUUCAUUCAGGUUCAAAAAGCCAAAGUCGAUCUCGACCAGGCACUUUCCGGUAUCGAUAGAUUGAUGAAAUCUCAAGAACUCACAUUCGCUUUCGUCGGUCUAUCACCGGCGCUGGCUAUCGUCUAUGUCAUCGGUGGAUACCUGAGACGAAUGAUCUGGUCUAGUAGUAAUGACAAAGGCAAAUACGGCGGACCGAAAGAACGAGAAAGGGUAUUCUGGGCUAUGAGGAGGGCCGAGAGGCUCUUGGUCCUUGAUCAAAGCAGUUCUCAUGCUAUCGCUGCAGGCACUCUCUUUGAUUUGAAUGUAACUACAGCGGCUAGUACUCAACCUUCAGCACUCACCACUGGCCUCCUGAUUCUCUCGCUGACGCAGCUGAGGACAUUCGCGGAGAGGUAUCUCCCUUCUUCGUCUUCUUCGCCUCCGAACCAUGAUGUUAGUGUUACUAGCAUAGAUGGUAAUACCACAAGCUCAACCUCCACGUCGUACUCGGCAACAUCCCUACGUGAAGCUUUCCUCGAGGAUCUAUCGGACUUGCAGGACCCUGAGCUGGGGGUAGAUCAGAAGCGGAUAGUGGUGGAGAGGAUGUGGAGGUGUUGGGGCGGGACAGUUUUUGGCCGAGUUCUGUAGAGGGUCGUUAGAAGUAAAACGAGUUCGAUGUUCAAAAUUAUAGAGAUCGAUCCCUAUCAAGUGGUAAUGUCAUAGUCGCGUCUCCGAAAUGCCCCGUGUUGAUA